AUGUUAUUCAAUAUCCAGAUUGGUGCAGCUCUGGCAGAGCGAAAACGUCACGUUGAUCUAAGUAAAGAUGGUUACAUACAAAUCCCAAUACGUGUUGAUGACGUACAGCGAUGGUGGAGCGGUAAUGAUUUCAUGGGAUUAUAUGUGGAAGCAUUUUACAAAGGCGAAAAUUUGGCUCUGUAUCCACAACACGAUCCUAAAAACAUAAUGUAUCUCGAACUGACAACUAUCGAGGAAUGGGGUCGUCGUAAGCGUAGUUAUCAGGAAGUAUGUACAAAAGAGAUGAACGAACCAUCCUGCUGUCUGUAUAGCCUAAUUGUGGAUUUCGAAGCUGCCGGUUGGGAUUUUGUCAUUGCUCCCAAAUUGUACGAUGCACAUAUGUGCAGCGGGGAAUGUCGUCUUCAUCAUGCUGGCCGUUCAGCUCAUAGUAAAAUCACUUCAUCGACGAAAAAAAACGCCGUAAGUGGCUGUUGCCACCCAACAGAGUAUGAUCCGAUAACACUUGUCUACAUGACUCAAGAAAAGGAGUUGAAGAUCCGCGAAGUGCCAGGCAUGAUCGCCCGGCGAUGCGCCUGUGCUUGA